AUGAUAGUGUGUGUUUAUGUUGGUGAUGGUAAGAGUGAUGAUGGUGAUUAUGGUUAUUAUGAUGGUGGUUAUGGUUAUUAUGAUGGUGGUUAUGGUUAUUAUGAUGGUGGUUAUGGUUAGGAUGAUGGUGGUUAUGAUGAUGGUGGUUAUGAUUAUUAUGAUGGUAGUUAUGAUUACGAUGAUAGUGGUUAUGGUUAUGACGAUGGUAGUUAAGGUUAUGAUGAUGGCGGUUGUGAUUGUGGUGGUUAUGAUGGUGGUGGUUACGAUGGUGGUGGUUACGAUGGUGCUGGUUAUGAUGGUGGUGGUUAUAAUGGUUAUGGUGAUGGUUAUGGUUAUGGUUAUGGUUAUGGUUAUGGUUAUGGUUAUGGUUAUGGUUAUGGUUAUGGUUAUGGUUAUGGUUAUAAUGAUGGUGGUUAUGAUGAUGGUGGUUAUGAUUAUUAUGAUGGUAGUUAUGAUUACGAUGAUGGUGGUUAUGGUUAUGACAAUGGUAGUUAAGGUUAUGAUGAUGGCGGUUGUGAUGGUGGUGGUUAUGAUGGUGAUGGUUAUAAUGGUUAUGGUUAUGGUUAUGGUUAUGAUGAUGGUGGUUAUGAUGAUGGUGGUUAUGAUGAUGGUGGUUAUGGUUAUGGUUGUGGUUAUGAUGAUGGUGGUUAUGAUGAUGGUGGUUAUGGUUAUGGUGGUGGUUAUGAUGAUGGUGGUUAUGACCAAAGUCACAAAUUAUUGUUCCUAUAUGCAAAUACAUAA